CCUCCCACGGGACGGCCCCCCCGUUGAGCCCUGCCCCCCACAGAGCGAGACCCCCCCAUCCCUGGGACCACACCUAGGGGAGGGAGACCCCCCGGUUGAGCCCCGCACCCCCAGGGGAGGGAGACCCCAGGACACCUGCCUGCACCCUAGGGAGAGGCGGCCCCCCUCGGCCCCCCCGGGCCGGCCAUGCCUCGGCUGGAGGAGGUGGCCAACGUGGCGCUGCGGGUGCCCAGCGUCGUCCUGCUGGACCUGCUCUACCGCUGGGACGUCCAGGCCUUUGCCGAGCUGCUCCGGCCCCAGCAGGAGGAGGCGCCCUGGCGCCGCCGCGCCCUCUGGCACGCCUACUACCUGGGCCACAUGCUGUGUGUGGGGGUGCUGCUGCUCCCAGUCAGAUCCCUGGUGAGACUUUACCUCUAUGGCCUGACACUGCUGCUGCUGUUCGUGGGGCACCAGACGGCCAGGGACUACCUGCGCCAUGAGAUGGAGUAUGAGUUCCAGGGGGCUGUGUACCAGGACCCUGUGGUGCUCAGCCGCUUCAUGACCGCCCUGACAGGCCAGAUCUUCGUGAGCACGCUCUGCGCCCUCCUCAUGAAGACCAAGCAGGUGUGGCUGUUCUGUGCCCCGCUGCUCCCGCUGCUGGCCCGGCUCUGCGGCCUCCCCCUCCAGGCGCUUCCCAUGGUCAACGCCUUUGCCACCUCCGUCACUGUGGUGGAGGUGCUGUAUGUGGCUGCCUCCCACCUGCUGGCUCCCUUCCAUCUGGCUGCUGCGGUGUGCAGGGAGAUGGCUCAGGGACUGGAGAUGUACAGGCUGGUGGCGCUGGCCAUGUCCCUCUGGAGCCAGCGGGCCAUCCCGCUGCUCUUCCUUGUCUUCUGGCUGGUGCUCUUCACCCUCCAGAUCUACUCGUUCCUGGCCUCUUCCAACAGCCUCCUCGCCCAGCAGGGGCUGCUCUUCAUCUUCCUCAGCAGCGUGGCGGAGUGCUGCGGCACGCCCUACUCCCUCCUCGGCCUGACCUUCACUGUCUCCUACCUCGCCCUGGCCGUGCUCAACCUUUGCAAGUUCUACCUGCUGGGCUACGACGCCUUCCAGAAUGGCAACGUCAUGCACAGGUCCUGGCUUUGCACACGCAGCGGUGGUGAUCGCAUGCCUCCGGCGGGCGCGCGAUUGUUGGUUGAAGCCCCAUGCCCUCUUCUCCUGCUCGCCUGGCAGAGGUGUGACGGAGGGCGUGACCCUGCUGCUGCUGGCUCUCCAGACGGGGCUGCUGGACCUGCAGAUCCUGCAGAGAACCUUCCUCCUCAGCAUCAUCCUCUUCAUCGUGGUGACGUCGACCCUGCAGUCCAUGAUCGAGAUAGCCGACCCCAUCGUGCUGGCGCUGGGGGCUUCGCAGAACAGGAGCCCUUGGAAGCACUUCCGCAGCCUCAGCUUGUGCCUCUUCCUGCUGGUUUUCCCCUGCUUCAUGGCGUACAAGAUCGCUCGCUUCUUCCACAUGGACUUCUGGCUGCUGAUCCUGGUCUCCAGCUGCAUGCUCACCUCCCUGCAGGUACGGCCGGAUCCCCUUCCCCACAUCAGGGUCUCCAGCUGCAUGCUCACCUCCCUGCAGGUACGGCCGUAUCCCCUUCCCCCCAUCAGGGUCUCCAGCUGCAUGCUCACCUCCCUGCAGGUGAUGGGCACCCUCUUCGUCUACGCGCUCUUCAUGAUAGAGCUGUUCCAGGAUGCGCCCCUGGAGAAGACGGACGAGAUCAUCUACUAUGUCAAUGCGGUGAGCCGGGUGCUGGAGUUCCUGGUGGCCGUCUGCGUGGUGGCCUAUGGCACCUGGGAGUCCAUCUUUGGCGAGUGGAGCUGGAUGGGCGCCUCUGUCAUCAUCAUCCACUCCUACUUCAACGUGUGGCUGCGGGCCCAGUCGGGCUGGAAGAGCUUCCUGCUCCGCAGGGAGGCCGCCAAGAAGAUCAACUCGCUGCCCAGGGCCACCAGGGGACAGCUGAGGGACCACAACGACGUGUGUGCCAUCUGCUUCCAGGAGAUGGACAUGGCCGUGAUCACCGACUGCGGCCACUUCUUCCACACGGGCUGCCUCCGCAAGUGGCUGUACGUGCAGGACACCUGCCCCAUGUGCCACCAGCCGGUGAAGCCCUCGGCCACCGAGGGCCCGCAGCCAGCCGGGGGAGAGCGGGCGGAGCCGGAGCCCAUCCCAGAGGAGCGGGCGCCUGAGAAUGCAGACGCCGGGGCUGCGGGAAGGGCAAGGACCCCAGACCCCAGCAGGACCGCUGAGGGCGGGGAGUCCAGCUGGCAGGAGCAGGAGAACCCAGCGCUGGCAGAGCCCAGCAGGGCCGGACUGCUCCCAGAAGCUGUGCCCCAUGGGGAGGGCGAGCCCAUGGACCCCGCUCAGAGCAGGACUCCCCAGCCAGUGUCUCGAGGGGGCUGCGCUCCACAGCCGCGUGCCAAUCCGGGGCGCACGGCCCUGCUGGGAACCCCGCCCCCUCCGGAGUGGGGCGGAGAACAUGGAGGGGGGGCAGGAGCCGGGGCCAGCACGGGCUUCGACAGCCGCCACUGCCUCUCUUAGCGUUCAGCCUGGGGCGCCGGCCCCCCACCCCCGGAGCCUGGGCUGGCGCCUGCCUGCAAUCCAAGCGCGCAGCGAGUGCCAGGCGUGGCCGGUGCCAGCAGAGGGGGCGUGACAGCCGCUGCCGGGCUGGGAAGUGUAACGCCCCGUGUCCUGCCCUGGAACACGCCCACUGAGCCCCCAGAGGACGGGCCUGAGUCGCCCGUUGGCACCCGUCUGCAGACUUGUUGCAGCUCCGGAGCCCCCAGUGCAGUGUGCCCACCCCGUACGCAAUGCCGGAGCGCCCCCUGCUGGGAAGAAGCAAGCAUGGCUUUUAGAAAGCCGGCAGGGCCCAGCCCAGCCCUGCUCCGGCUGCGCAGAAACAACCGGGAGGCACUUGGAUGGCUCGUGCUCCAUUACGAACAGGGACCAGCGGGCUGGGCUGCCCACGGUUACAGAAUGAGGCGUGUUACUGCUGGCUCCCUGUCACUCGGCUGCUGCUGCUAAGCUGGUGCCGGAUCUAUCUGGGCUCUGCCCCAGCGCAGGGGUUCUCAGCCAGAAGGCAGCCGGUGGCACCUGCCCUUCCCUUCCCCCUGCCGAAGUGGGAGAGGCCGAGACGCACUAGCCUGGUGGCUCUGGCGUGACUCGGGCGUCCUGCAGCUGCUUGGGACCAUGUGCAGGAAGGGAGAAGGAACCUAUCUGGGCGGGCCCUGUGCUCUCCAGGCCGGGCCUGUCUGCGGUGGGAGGUGGCCUGCUGCACCAGUGCUAUUACAAGGCUCCUGGGGGGACCUCGGCACCUCCCAGGAUUGGGCCCUGGGCAGGGCAGUGUCCCUUUCCCUCUGCUGGUUCAGCCUGCAGCAUGCCCCGCAAAGCCUCUCCCUGUAUCAGGCCAGUUCUGCUCUCAGAGGAGUUCGCCCUGGCAGGGGAGGGGCCAGGCUGCUGUGACACAAGGGCGCAUAGCUGUGCACUAACAGCAGCCAUGUCUCACCCCAGAGGUGGCUGCAUACCAGUGGUAGGCAAAGCAAGUACAGGCUGUGAAGUCUCCCCCAUUCUGUACUCUGCCCUCUGUGAAGUAUUUAUCUACCACAGGUCGAUGUCCCUUUCCCAUGCAAGGCCCCAAGGGAAUGUGAUGAAACUUGAAUAGAAAACCCCUUUCGUUUUUAAAGCCUCAGGGAUUAGUAAUUCCAAGGAAGCCGUGACUUCUACCGGAGAUGGACGGGCCUUCGUACAGCUGGGCUGGGCAUGUCUGCGCAGCGUGUAGGAUCCAUGUGGAUGCGAGGUGUUUGAUCGCUGUCAGCUCUCUUCCCUUUGGAAGGGACCCCGACCGGCUAAGAAGCCUUAUUUGUGUUACCUUCGGGUGAUCAGAUUCCCAUUCAAGCUGUCGCGCUGUGGGCUGCUUGCACUCGGACCGGCGACGUCCCGCGAGGUGGACACGGCAAACAGCACAGAGUGGCUACGAAAGUGCAAUUAAAAACACGGAACGUU